AUGGUCAAAACAGUCUCGAUCGAGGUACCUGGGGAGUCCAACCCAUUGAGCCUACAGAAUGUCGUGAACUCUUUGGUUUUGGCCGCAAGCUCGAGUCAGCAGCAGGUCCAGACAGGGACCAAGCAGCUGCAGAAUUGGGAGCGGAUCCCCGCAUACCAUGCCUUUCUCCAGGAUGUAUUUUUGGACCAUUCCGCCCCUAACGAAGUUCGAUAUCUCUCCAUCAUUCAACUAAAGAACGGAAUCGACAAGUACUGGCGCAGAACGGCGGCGAAGUAUGUUUCAGAACAACCGGAGGGCGAUGCCAACGCUGACUCGAACAACAGUGCAAUUGAGCCGGACGAAAAGCAGAAGAUCAAGACGAGAGCUCUGGAUGCUGGCAUUGUUGAGCCAUCCCGCCCGCUCGCUCUUCAGAAUGCGUUGAUGAUCGCCAAGAUCAUGCGUUAUGAGUUUCCGCAAGAUUGGCCUGAUGCGAUGAAUGCUAUCAUCAACUCCCUCCGUAACGGAUCCCAACCCGGCGCGAGUCCUCUCCAGCUUCCCCGAACUCUCCUCAUCCUCCUGCAAGUCAUCAAAGAGCUAUCAACUGCCCGAAUCCAGAGAACCCGAACCCACCUCGCAUCCGUUACACCUGAGAUAUUUCAAGUCGUGGGAAAAAUCUACAUGGACAAAGUGAAUCAAUGGGCAGGAAUUCUGGAGCACGGAGGAUCGGAUGAGGGGGCGCUUUUAGAGAUCACCAAACAGAGUCUCAUUUCCCUGAAGGUCCUUCGUCGCCUAAUGAUCUCGGGAUUUGAGCACCCCGGUCGCGAUCAAGACGUGCAACACUUUUGGGAGGUGACAAACGAGCAUCUGUCCAAAUUCUUGGCGUUUGUUGACCAUCCGGGUCGAUUGCCCGAGUCAGUUCAUACCAUGGUUGAGAAGCACGUCCUGCAACUAUCGAAACUCCACGUGGAGAUGGCAAGGAAUAAGCCUGCAUCCUUCGCUUUGUUCUCUAACUCAAUAGCUCUUGUCAAUGCCUACUGGGCGUUUGUUGUCAAGUUAAGCCCGAACUAUGUCAACCUUGGAUCUGAUGCUGAAGCUGACGGGCAGUCACUACCCGAAAAAACUGCCUUGCGGGCUCUCCUUUUGAUCCGGGCGUGUUCCAAGAUGGCCUUCAACCCAGCUCAAACUUUCAAAUACCAGACCCCGGAAGAUAAGGCAGAGCGAAAAGACUCCGUGGACAAAAUCAAGUCUCAGCUCUUCACCCAGGAGUUCGUGGUCAGCGUCAUGGAGCUCAUUGUUACUCACUUGUUCCGCCUCAGAAACGUCGAUUUCCAAGAAUGGGAAGAAGACCCGGAAUCCUGGGAGAAGCGGGAAGUGGAUGCCGACGCCUGGGAGUAUUCCGUCCACUCUUGCUCAGAGAAGCUCUUCCUUGACCUCGUCACUCAUUUCAAAGACUGGCUCAUUAGCCCUCUAUUGAACGUGUUCCAAUCAUUUGCCACUACCGAGAAUAAGAACGUUAUGCUGAAGGAAUCGUUGUAUUCUGCCAUCGGCUUGGCAGCUGCCAGUCUAGAACAACAUUUAGACAUCAAUGCGUUCCUCCAAAACACCAUGAUUCCCGAAGUCCAGAUCCAAGAGCAGGAAUAUCGACUUCUUAGAAGACGGAUAGCUCUAGUCCUUGGCCAAUGGGUUCCCAUCAAGUUCGCCGAUAUGAACAUGGAGUCUGUCUACCAGAUAUUUCAACACUUGCUCAACAAAGAUGAUCCCUUGAAUGACCUGGUCGUCCGCAUCACUGCAGGACGUCAGCUAUGCAACAUCCUUGAUACAUUCGAUUUCAAGGUUGAGACAUUCCUGCCGUUUGCCCAGCCAAUUCUCGCGAGUCUCAUGUCGCUCAUGCAGGAGGUCGAAUUAUCUGAUACGAAGAUGGCAUUGCUGGAAUCGGUGCGGGUCAUCGUCGUCAAAAUGGAACAACAUGUUGUGAUGCUAUCCGAUAGUAUUCUCUCUCCCCUCCCGCAGGAAUGGGAGAAGUCCGGCGAAGAACAUCUCUUGAAACAGGCGAUUCUCACUCUCCUCACAUCUCUCAUCCAUUCGAUGAACCAAGAAUCCGUGCGAUACCACCCGAUGAUUCUUCCUCUUAUACAAAGCUCCAUUGAUACAGGUUCUGAAACCUAUAUAUACCUAAUGGAUGAAGCAUUAGAGCUCUGGGCAGCCGUAAUGAUGCAAACGCCGUCGCCGCCUUCUCCCGAGAUUCUCUCGCUCUUCCCUGCCCUCUUUCCGAUCCUGGAAGAUGGCGCAGACAGCGUGGCUCAAGCUCUCGAAAUUGUGGAAUCCUACGUCCUGCUUUCACCGCAAACUCUCCUCAGCGACGACAUCCGCUCGAAGCUUUUAUACUGUCUUCAUGGCCUUCUCGAGCCCAUGACAAAACAGCGAUCUGGCGUUAUACCCCGUCUUGUCGAAAGACUUAUUCGUGGCGUGGAGACAGUUGACGGUGGAAGCGAGACCGCCUAUAAUGCUAUCGCCCAGUCUCUCCUCGAAACAAACAUGCUUCAAUCCCUCCUUAAAGGUCUAUACAGUGCCCACGAAGCUAGCCAGACCACUGGACCUAACAGGAAGAGGUCCGAUGUGGAUGGCAAGGUCGAAACGGAAUACUUCUCCGCUAUUGCUCGUCUUGCUCUCGCUAACCCUACGCUAUUUGCAUCCGCCGCAACGGCUGCUACCUACCAGGCCGAGGAGGAAUUAUUCACCUGGCUCCUUACAGAGUGGUUCUUCCACUACGACAAUAUCGCAUCCGCCAGCCAAAAGAAGCUCCACUUCUUACAAGACUAUCUCACCGUCUGGAACGCGAUUGUCGUUGAACUAGCGGAAGGCGGAACCGACGAGAACGCCGAUUACCUAGUCUGCUGGAACGCGCCCGCAGGUUCCGAGACAGCCCAGCCCGAAAGCUCGGGCGUCGAGAACGCCGAAGACCGUCGCCGCCGCGAAUGGAAUGACUCAGAUGCCACCCAUCGUUUCCCAAUCCGCGACUUCGUGCGCCACCGCCUGCAUGAGGUUAUUGCUGCCUGUGGUGGUGCGCAGCGGUUCCAGGAAGAGUGGCUGGUCAACGUUGAUUCGGAUGUGGUGUCGGCUUUUGGUGGGUUGGGCCUAAUUUGA